UCACAUAUAGGAACCAAGGCACAUGAGAUUACGCACGACACGCAACACGACUCCUCCUCGACCCCCAAUUUAUCAUGUCGGCCAUCCAAGCCCAGCUCGACCAAGGUGCCGUCCCCAAUGCCAUCUCGAAUGUCUGCCCGCCGGGCACCAGGUUCCACCUCCUGGAAGUGGGCUGGCUGGAAUGCGACAAGGGCUUCGUCGUCCGCGGCGGCAACACCAGCCUCAAGUCCACCGAGCACCGCUCCUUCGUGAACGAACGCUGCGAGAUGCCCAUGUACUGCGUCCUGAUCGACCAUCCCCAAGAAGGAUUGAUUCUUUGGGAAACCGGUAGUGGGAAGGACUACCCCGAGGUUUGGGGCCCGGUGGCGGUCGACAUUUUCGCGCGCGUGCGCUACGAGCCCCGCCAUGAGCUGCGCGCCGCCGUCGAGGCCACCGGCCAUCGCAUCGAGGAUAUCCGCAAGAUCAUUAUCGGGCAUCUCCACCUGGACCAUGCCGGUGGGCUGGACGAGUUCUUCGAUCGCAAGGACGUCGAGAUCUGGGUGCAUGAGAAGGAGCUGACCAGUGCAUUCUGGUCGGUCGCGACCGGGGCGGAUAGUGGGGUCUACUUGGAGCAUUACCUGAAGUUAUCUUUGAAUUGGAAGACGUUCAAUGAUCAGACGCUCGACUUCUGCCAGGGCAUCACCCUCCACCAUCUCCCCGGCCACACCGAGGGGCUGAUCGGGAUGCAGAUCAACAUGCUCCACACCGGCACUUUCUUCUUCAUCAGUGAUCAUUGCCAUGUAAUCGAGAAUUGGCGCGAUGGGAUCCCUCAGGGCUGGCUGGCACGUGACCACCCCUCCUGGUUCCGGAGCACGCAACGCCUGAAGCAUCUGCAGCGCAUCACCAAGGGGCAGGUCAUUCCCGGCCAUGACAAGGGGAUAUUUUUGGACUUGCAGAAGCAGGCCGAUGUGUUUAUAUGACGGGUGCAUCGCAGGUCUCGUC